AUGAUUGCGCAGCGGGUGGGCGUGUCGGCCCUGCGCCGAGCGGCAGGAAAGCCCUCCGUCUUCUUCAACUCUCAGAUUCCCAAGAUCGUCGCCGCGUCGCACAUGUCGACGACCCAGAUCCGCCCUGUCGCGACUACCAAGCUCACCCCCGACGACGGCCUCGAUCUCCUCGCCAAGCAGCGCCUCAACCGUCCCGUCUCCCCGCACUUGUCCAUCUACAAGAUGGAGCAGACGUGGUUCGGUGCCUCCAUCUGGACCCGUAUCACCGGCGGCGGCCUGUCCGCGGCCUUUUACGUUUACUUCGGCACCUACCUCGUCGCGCCCCUGCUCGGCUGGCACGUCGAGAGCCAGUCGCUCGUCGCCGCCUUCGGUGCUCUGCCCCUCGCCGCAAAGGGCGGCCUCAAGUUCCUCGUCGCCUGGCCCUUCACCUUCCACUUCUUCAACGGCAUUCGCCACCUGACCUACGACCUCGUCAAGGGCUUUACCAAGCCCGAGAUCAUCCGGUGGGGCUGGAUCAUCUGGUCCACCUCGCUGGUCUCCGCCGCCGGCCUGGCCUUUGCGUGGUAG